CAUGCCCGCGUGAAGACAGUAGAACACUAAUUAUCUUCAUUAAUAUUCCAAGACAGAGCUUCCCCGGCCCACGUGGAGACAGUAGAAGACUAAAUUAUCUUUCAUUAAUAUUCCAAAGACACAGCAGCCCAACCCAAGAAGCACAAAAAACACAGACCAAUCAGAAGCACAAAAUGGAGGUUGUUGCGGAGACCGUUAAAGUGAUCGUUGAAAAAGUUGUGGGCUACGCAAUUGGAGCUGUAGCACGUCAGAUGGGUUAUCUGAUUCACUUCAAGAGAAAUGUUGACAAACUCAGGGACGAAGUUGUUGAUCUCGAAGAUGAGAGAAAGGGUGUGAAACAAAAGGUUGAUGAUGCUGAAGACAAUUUAGAAGAAAUUGAAGCUAAAGUCCUGACGUGGCUGGAACGUGUUGAAACGAUCACUGAAGAGGCACAAGAAUUCUUUAAAGAGGAAGACCAAGCAAAGUUGAAGUGUUUAAAUUUGAAGGCCCGUUAUCAGCUUGGCAAAAGAGCACACAAGAUGGGAUUGGCCGUCAUGGAAAUCAAGGACAAGGGCACGUUCCAGACUGUUGGCCAUCGUGUCCCUAUACAAGGAGGUACUACAAUUUCUACCAAAGGUUAUGAAGACUUUGAAUCAAGAAAGUCAACUUUGAAUGGAAUUAUGAGGGCUCUGAAAGAUGAUUCUAUCCGUGCCAUUGGCGUCUAUGGGAUGGGCGGCGUGGGCAAAACCAUGCUUGUUGGAAAAAUUGCUACACAAGCCAAAGAAGACGAUUUAUUUGAAAAGAUUGUUAAAGUAGUUGUAUCCCAAACGCCUGACUUGGAAAAGAUUCAGAAAGACAUUGCAAAAGAAUUGGGUCUGAGUUUUCAAGAUGAGACCGAUUCUCAAAAAGCAGAUUUGCUAUGUAAGCGGCUGAAGAAAGAGAAGAUACUUUUAAUUAUAGAUGAUAUUUGGAACAAGAUUGACUUGGAGUCUCGUGGCAUUUCUUUUGGGGAUGAUCAAAAAGGAAGCAAACUAUUGCUAACGUCUAGAUCUGAAGAUGUAUUAGGCGAGUACACGGAUCCUCAAGGGAUAUUCCAAGUUGAAGCUUUAUCAACCAAUGAAGCUGAAUUCUUGUUUGUAAAGAUAGUGGGCAAUAUUUCUGAAACCUCGGAUUCUCGAUCUACCGUGGCUGAGGUUGUCAAAGAAUGUGCAGGCUUACCGAUUGCCAUUACAACAGUUGCAAAUGCAUUGAAAAGUCGAAAGGACCUUGGAGUUUGGAAUGAUGCCGUGGGACAAUUAAAAAGGGCAAAUCCAACACAGAUCAAAGGCAUGGUGAAGGGGGUAUACUCAAGUAUAAAGUUGAGUUACGAUUUUUUAACUAAGGAAGCGCAAUCUUUGUUCUUGUUCUGCAGUAUAUUUGAAGAAGAUGUGGUCAUAGAAAUAGAUCUGUUAUGGAGAUAUUUGGCGGGUUUGGAAUUCUUUGAAGAUGUUUAUAAAAUGGAAGAAGUGAGAAAUAGGGUCCACACAUUGGUCAAUAGUCUAAAAGAUUCUUGCUUGUUGUUGGAAGGUAAUGAAAGUGGUACAUUUAAAAUGCAUGACGUCAUUCGUGAUGUUGCCAUUUAUAUUGCAGACAAAGAUAAGGAGAUGUUAACCAUAAGAAGUUCAGAUGAUUUGAAAAAUUGGUCAUAUAUGAAAAAAUUGAAAGAUUCUUUUGGAAUCGCACUUUUUGAUGUUGACUUUAAGGAGCUUCCUGAAAGGUUCGGAUGUCCACAAGGACCACAAGCUAAGUUCAUUUUUUUGGGUAAUAAAAGACUUUUUCGGCAACCAAUUCCUAAUAACGUUUUUGAAGGAAUGAAAGAGCUUAGAGUUUUAGUUUUGAGGCACGCAAGUCUUCCGCAUCUUUCAUCAAUUUCAUGCCUUCACAACCUCCAAAGUUUAAUUUUGGAUGAUUGUGGGUUGGAAGACGUGGCUUUCAUUGGAGAAUUGAAGAAUUUGAGAGCUCUUUUCAUAUCAAGUUCAAUCAUAAAGCGGCUACCCAUGGAAAUAAGGCAAUUGACUAGCCUUCAAUUGCUGAAUUUGAGCGAUUGCUCCCUUGAAUUCGUUCCAUUCAAUGUACUUUCAAAAUUGAGAAGGUUAGAAGAACUGUAUAUGAAUACUAGCUUCUAUCAAUGGGAUGUUGAUGGAGAAAUCACAGAAAGAGACAAUCCUAUGGUCCCAAAAGCCUUCCUUUUUGAGAACUUGAAAAGUUAUGAAAUAUUAAUAGGCAAGUAUGAGGAUGAGGAUGAGGAUGAGGAUGAGGAGGAUGAGGAUGAGGAUGAGGAUGAGGAUUUCAAUUGGGAUUUCAAUUGGGAUUUGGAUUGGGAUUUGGAUUGGGAUGGUUAUUGGGAUAGUGAUAAUGACAACUAUGAGUUUGAAUCCUCAAGAACGUUGAAACUUCGACUUGAUAGACGCUUGCAAAUAGAGGAUGGAAUAAGAGUUUUAUGGAAAAGCUGUGAAUAUCUUGAUCUGGCUCCUUGCAAGGGUAUUAAAAAUAUUAUUUACGAAGCUGACGAGGAAGUUUUUCCACAAUUGAAGUGUCUCUAUGUUCAAAACAGCACUGAGAUUCAAUACAUCGUUAACUUCAUGGAGUUUCAAUGCGUUGCAUUUCCCGUUUUACAGUUACUUUCUCUAGACAAUAUGAAAAUUCUAGAAGAGAUAUGCCAUGACCAAGUUACAAAGGGGUCUUUCCUUAGCUUGAAGAAGUUAAGAGUGAGCAAAUGUGAAAAGUUGACAUUUGUCUCCUCCUUAACUAUGUUUGGAUGCUUUUCGCAACUUCAAGAAAUAGUGAUUAAGGAUUGCAAGGUAAUGCGUGCAAUUUUUUCAAAGGAAGGAACACACGAAAUACAAGUCAACCACAACACGAAUAUAAUUGACUUCACUCAAUUGCGUGUUUUGUAUCUACGAAACUUACCAAAUUUGGUGGGUUUCCAUCCUGAUGCUGAUUCUCUGUUGCUUUUCAAUGAAAAGGUUGCAUUUUCUAACUUGGAGGAAAUAUACAUCAAAGGCAUAGAUAACCUGAAGAUGUUGUGGCACAAUCAUCAACUCAUUUCAGAUUCCUUUUGCAAAAUAAAAAAGUUGCAUGUUGGUAGUUGUAAAAAUCUAAUCAACAUUUUUCCUCCUAAUAUGUUGAGAAGACUCCAGAAUCUUGAAGAAUUAAAGAUAGAGGAUUGCAAUUCGGUAGAAGAGGUAUUUGAGGCUAGUGGGAAAAAUGUUGAUGAAAUAUAUGAUAAGGGAUCCACUCAAUUGAGAUACCUGUUUUUAAAAAAUUUACCGAAACUUAAGCAUGUAUGGGCUUCAGAUCCUGAAGAAAUUUUAACAUUUCAAAAUCUACGUCAAGUUAAAGUUUCUAAAUGUGAAACUCUGGAAAGUCUUUUUCCAAUCUCAGUGGCCAAAAGUCUUGAACAACUUAAGAGUCUAAGUAUAAAUGAUUGUGAAUUAAUGGAGGAAAUUGUUGCUUUUAAAGAAGGAUUGGAAUCAACGACUAAGUUUGUGUUCCCACGAAUAACCUCUCUAAGUCUUCAAUUGCUGCUUGAACUCAAGUGUUUCUAUCCCGGAAAGCACACUUUAGAGUGGCCAUCAUUGGAAAUUUUGACAAUAUUUGAAUGCGACAAAGUGAAGAUUGCUGCUUUGAAUGGAUUAAGCUUCUCAAAUACAGAUGGGUUGGGCUCGGGCCAUCAUGUUCCAGUUCAGCAAGCCCUCUUUCUUAUUGAAAAGGAUACAUUCCCUAACUUGAAAAAAUUGUAUUUGGAUUGGAAUGAAACCAUGAAUCAGACAAUUGGUCAACAUUUUGUAGAGUUCUUUUGCAAACUAGAAGUUCUCGUAUUGUACGGCAAAGAUGAUAAAUUGAUAGCAGGCCCUUCGGUAUUUGUUGAAGGAUUACACAAUCUUGAGUAUCUUUCCGUCAGGAAUCUUUUCUUCGAUAACGAAGGACAUUAUGCUGGGACGUUUGAACGUUUGACAGAGUUGAAUCUAUAUAAAAUGCCCAAGUUGGUGCUUUUGUGGAAGGAAAACUCUGAACGAGGUAGGGCACUUCAAAAUUUGGAGACUCUGAGAGUAUCAGAAUGCGGCAGAUUAAAAAGUUUAGUGCCAUCCUCAAUGCAUUUCCGAAAUUUAAACUUUUUGACAAUAUCGAAAUGUCAUGGGUUGAUUAGUUUAGCAACUUCCUCAACAGUCAAAAGUUUGGUCCAACUCAAACGAUUGAAUUUAUCUGAAUGCAAAAGAAUGAGAGAAAUAAUCACAAACGAGGGAGAAGGUGAAGCAGGAGAUGAGAUUUGUUUCAAUCAAUUGAAUUAUUUGUGGCUUGAUGAUUUACCCAGUCUGAGAAGCUUCCACUUGGGCAAUCGCACCAUCAAAUUCCCAUCACUGGAAAAUCUACUUGUGACCAGAUGCCCGGAAAUGAAGAUCUUCUCUAAUGGAGUCCUAAGCAUGCCGAAGCUAAAGAAAGUUGGACUGGACGAAAACGAACGGUGGCCAAUGCCAAGAGGACUGUUACCAGAGGAAGAUGUGAAUAGCGCCAUAAAAAUAUUUUGGGAGAAAAACUAUGAUCCAUGCGUGCAACAACUAUUCACUGAGAAGGCUCGACGUUGGAAAAGGAAAAGACGUCAAUCAUGAGAGAUGUUCUAGAUCGAACCUUCAGCUGCAAUGAAUCAAAUAUCUUGGUUCGGUAGAAAGGAAGGCUUAUGAAGUUGUGGUUCAAGAUGGGAAACUUAUCUUCAACCAUAGUGGUGAAUUCCUUCACACAGUAGAAGGACUUGAAAAUGCAAAGUGGAUCUUUGUCCUUAGUCAAAACUUCUUCUUUUUUGUUGAAGGGGUUCUUAAAAGUAGAAGUUUUCAAAUCAAUGAUUCUAUCAAAAGUUCAUUCUCUUGGGCAUAUAAGCUGCACUUUUGGGAGAUCUAGGGUACCAUGGAAAAGAAAGAACACUGCCAGGGGCCUGAAAACAACUUUAUGUUGCUCUUUGGGACCAUGAUUUAACUUUUCCUUGAGGUUUAAAAUGAGAUUAUAUCAUACAAAGAUACAACUGUAUACAGUAAUGAAGAUCUCCAACCAUGAGAAGUGGAAGCAUAUAAGCAUAAACAAAUUAUUUUUGUAUUUAUUUGUAUGUAAGUUUUUGAUGUUAUAUUAUUGCGAUUUUA